UCUUCGUCUGAGUCGUUGCUGUUGUACUUGUCAUUCAGACAUCCCAGGAAUUCAACACGACUAGGAACCAGCCAGCUCGACACAACAAGGACAUUUUAAGUUAAAAUCACGUCCUUGUCGCCGUGAAAGGUCAAGGAAAAUAUCGGUUGUUGUCAAAAUAGGACAAGUGUCGAGGAAAGCGGCAGCUACAGACACUGCAGCAUGCAGAUGUCAGAUUAGACCACCUGCUACCCUUUGCUGCUACACUGGACUGAGUGGCAUCCUCUUCAUCCCCUUCAUCGUCAUCAUACAUGCUCUUACAUGAAGAGAGGGGAGAAACCCGAAGGAUACAGACAGAUGAGACCCAAAACAUUCCCCGCCAGCAACUACAGCGGCAACAGCCAUCACAUGCUGCAGGAAAUACGGAACAGCCUGCGCAAUUUAUCCAAACAAUCGGACCCCCCUAAAGCGGACUUUGGUGGAGCUGUAAAAAUGCCUCCUGAGGACCCAAGGCAACAGGGGCGCAGCAACAACCCCAAAAACCCCCACCACAAGGCCUUACAGGAGAUCCGCAAAUCCCUAAUGCCUUUUGCCAAUGAGCCCAGUACUUCAGGCUCUGAGGUGAACAAACACAUGUCUCUGGAACCUCCCUUUGCUGGAUUUGAAGAGCAGAGCAACAGUCGCAGUAUGGGGGCAGUUAUAGACUACUCGGGUAAGGUGAGCUACCAGGACUCAAUGAGGGAACAGAUGCUUGCUGCCAACCCCAACACUACAGGUCUGAAAGCCCCAGGAGCUUCUCAUAUCCAGCAGGCUGUGCUGAGGAGGCCGAGCUGGAAAGGCUCUAAGGAGUCUUUGGCGCCUCGUCAUGUUCCUCUCAUGGUGGAUGGAAUGAUGUACCGCUCAGACAGCCCCGGACCUCCUCCUGCCUUUCCACAGGGUCAUCCUGCUAACAAUCAGAGAGUCAAUCCUCCACUGCCACCUCAGGUGCGCAGUGUCACACCUCCACCAAACCGAGGUGCCAUGCCUCCUGCAUCAUCCUGGGACAGCAACCCAUCAACCAAGCGCUUCUCUGGCAACAUGGAUUACCUUGGGCCCCGCAUCUCUCCGAUACCACAGGGGGCCUGGCCUGAUGGGUACCAAUCGUCAGCACCUCAGAAUCAACGUGGGAUCAGCCCAGUCCCUGUGGGCCACCAGCCCAUCAUAAUGCAGAGCUCUGGGGGGAAUAAGUUCACCUUCCCCUCCAGCUGGACUCAGAAUGGCUCCCCUCAGCCAGACUACAUAACGGCGAGCAGCAGACAGCCUCCACCGCCGUACCAGAGCAGCCGGCACAGUCCCACUGAUCAGCAGAUGCAGUCAGGAGGACCUGCAUCCUCUCCCUCUUACGUCAACGGUGGAAAUAUUCCUCAGUCCAUGAUGGUUCCCAACCUUUACAACUUAGGUCCUCCUCAGUCCUGGUCCCAGGCUCCUCUGAACCCCAACCAGCCCCAGUCCUCCUCUGGCAACAACAGCAACCAGGAUCUGUCCCCGUCGUGGCAGCACAACGUGCCGGUCCGCUCUAAUUCCUUCAACAACCAUCAGCUGAACAGCAGACCGGCCCACCCAUCCAACUCCCAGCCCUCUGCCACCACGGUCACUGCCAUCAUCCAGGCUCCCAUCCUGCAGCCAGUCAAAAGCAUGCGGGUCCAGAAACCCGAGUUACACACCGCUGUCGCUCCCACACACCCUCCAUGGAUGCAUCAGCCUCCGCCGCCUCCAGCUGCACCUGCUUACCCAGAACCCCCAGCCCCUGUACCUCAGAUCCCUGUUCUAGCAGAAGUCCCCAGCUACCAGGGCCCCCCUCCGCCAUAUCCUAAGCAUCUCCUCCAACAGCAGGCUGCACCCUGCCCCCCUGCCUACGAUCCGGGGGUCAAUAAGCUCGGCACAGGCAGAGACGAGCCCGCUGAAGAGGAGAGCAGCAGCAGCGAUGGCUCCCGAGACAAGAUGACGGAAAGCACCGCAGCAACAGAGAAGGAGAAGAAGCAAAUCACGACAUCACCUGUUCCUGUCCGUCGCAACAAGAAAGACGAAGAACCGAGAGGGGAGUCCGGAAGAGUCGCUCUUUACUCCCCCCAGGCCUUCAAGUUCUUCAUGGAGCAGCAUGUGGAGAAUGUCCUAAAGAAUCAUCAGCAGAGGAUUCGGAGGAGGAAGCAGCUGGAAAGUGAGAUGCAAAGGGUGGGUUUGUCUUCAGAAGCUCAGGAGCAGAUGCGUAUGAUGCUCUGCCAGAAAGAGUCCAACUACAUCCGGCUAAAGCGAGCCAAGAUGGAUAAAUCCAUGUUCAAACGUAUCAAGACCCUCGGCAUCGGAGCUUUCGGUGAGGUGUGCUUGGCCAGGAAAGAGGACACGGGAGCGCUGUACGCCAUGAAGACGCUCCGCAAGAAGGACGUACUGCUGAGAAACCAGGUGGCUCACGUCAAGGCUGAGAGGGACAUCCUGGCUGAGGCAGACAACGAAUGGGUGGUGCGUCUCUACUACUCUUUCCAAGACAGGGACAACCUUUACUUUGUCAUGGAGUACAUCCCUGGAGGCGACAUGAUGAGCCUUCUCAUCCGGCUCGGCAUCUUUAAAGAAGAGCUGGCCCAGUUCUACAUCGCAGAGCUCACCUGUGCUGUGGAGAGCGUCCACAAGAUGGGCUUCAUCCACCGAGACAUCAAGCCGGAUAACAUCCUCAUAGACCGAGACGGACACAUAAAACUAACCGACUUCGGCCUUUGCACCGGCUUCCGCUGGACGCAUGACUCCAAGUAUUACCAGAGUGGUGACCACGUGAGGCAGGACAGCAUGGACUUCAGUAAGGAAUGGGAAGACCCGACCAACUGCCGCUGUACAGACCGCCUGAAGCCUCUGGAGAGGAGAAAGGCCCGGCAGCACCAGCGCUGUUUGGCACAUUCACUGGUGGGGACGCCAAACUAUAUCGCACCAGAAGUGCUGCUCCGAACAGGAUACACCCAGCUCUGUGAUUGGUGGAGUGUGGGUGUCAUCUUGUAUGAGAUGAUCGUUGGACAGCCUCCCUUCUUAGCAAACACACCUGUGGAGACGCAGAUGAAGGUCAUCAACUGGAAGAGCAUGCUGAACAUUCCCCCGCCAGCCAAGCUCAGCCCUGAGGCGUCGGAUCUCAUCAUUAAAUUGUGCCGCAGCCCAGAGGACCGCCUCGGCAAGGACGGUGUGGACGAGAUUAAAGCUCAUAAUUUCUUCAAGUCCAUCGACUUCUCCAGCGACCUGCGCCAGCAGGCGGCGCCGUACGUCCCCACCAUCGCUCACUCCACAGACACCUCCAACUUCGACCCCGUGGACCCGGAUAAGCUGUGGAGCAGCGACAGCGACGGCGAGGACAAACUCAACGACACCCUCAAUGGCUGGUUUCGCAACGGCAAACACCCCGAACACGCCUUCUACGAGUUCACCUUCCGCCGCUUCUUUGACGACAACGGCCACCCGUACAGCUGCCCCAAACCCAUCGAGUACGAGGGUUAUGACGGGGACGAGGCGGACUCGGAGGCCCCGGCGCAGGAGGCAGCCGCCAGCUCAGCGACUCAGAGUCGAGACCUGGUCUACGUGUAGCAUCUGAGCUGCUGCGCUGACUGUACAUAACGAGCUUGUGUGAGAGGAGGGGAAGGAACCGCUGCACAGAGGGAAGUAUGGAACGCUCCGCAGCACAUUAACAGACUUUGAUAUCAGAACUCGAAGUUGACACGACAAAUUUAAGGAAUAUUUCGGCAUUUUAGGAAAACAAACUUUGUUCAAGAGUUGGAUCGAUGACAGGGCUGUACCGAAUAAUUCAAACAUUGACGUUCAUAUCAUAAAUCCAUAUCCAAAUGCUGCGCAGCUUCUUCUUCUUUGCACGUCUAUUCAUUCUGUUGUAAACCCGGUAUUUCUGCACUACACUAAUAUUAUACUAUUUAUAAAAUUAGAUUCCAGUGGCGGCUGCGCAGGAUUGUUUCCACUCCGUGUUGAAAAACGUUUGCUCUCCCACUGCAGCACGCACCUGUUUUAACGAUUACAAUCUAACAUCACCAUAAAUUACAUUUAUAUAACAAUUUUAGGGUUAUAAAAUAUGAUGACAGACCUAUUAAAAGAAUGCAUUCGGUACAGCCCUACAGACGUAUCGAUCUGCUCAUCUAACUCAGAAUAUAUUCUGUACGAUGUACGCUGUACGCUGUACGCUCUACGCUGUACGCUCUACGAUGUACGCUGUACGCUCUACGAUGUACGAUGUACGAUGUUUGCUGACUGAGGAGCGGAGAGCAGAAAUUAAUCCUCUCUUUGCUGACUUAUCGCAAACUCUCCUUAAAGCCUUAAUUUAUUUAAGAACAUUGUAACUGGUGAUGCUAGUGUAGAUGCUGAUUUGAGUGUGGGAAUUUUUGUUGUUGGAAUUACAUUUAUUGGUUAAAAAAAAAAAAAAAAUAAAAAAAACAUCGUCUUAAUUUAUAUUUUAAUGUCUGUUGCAAUCGGGAUUUAGUUUUGUGACACAGAAAUUUGCAGGGAUAAAUUGCUCUAAUUCAUUGCUGUGCCUUUUUUGUUAUCUUUCACCAAAUAUAGAGAGGGUUAAUAAUCAGACUGGCAUUUUAAAAAUGAGAGUAGCAGUAGCUGAUUGAACUACAGUAGGGUUUUGUUUUAUUUUUCUAAUUUAUACUUAAAAUGUAUUUAUAAAUUAAGUUGUAUACAGUUGAUGUAAAUAUUUUUUCUCUUCCCUGUCAGCUGAUUUAUUUUUUCUUAGGGCGGGCCCUCGUCAGUGUCCCCUGCUGCCUUCUGUUAAUAUGUUGUCAGCUUUUCUGUCUCUACAAACACUAACUCACAGCUCGUCUCAACCAAAGCACUAAAUAGUUGGGUUUUUUACUUUUUACCUGCAAUAACUCACGUUUAAAAAACUAAAUAAAACAAUAAAUAACAAUCACAAGACUGUGAAUUUAGAUUUUGUGGUGUUGUUAUACUAUCUUCCAGAAAUGUCUGGCACAUAACCACUUCAUACUUUGUGUCCGAGGAUCUGGGAGAAGCUUAAAACCCGGUUCCUUCAGAAUAAUUGUCUUAUUUCCCGUCUGAGAAUCACUGCAGCCGACGCUCUUUGUGUUGAUUUGAAAUGAGAAACUGGAUUGAUGGACUGACACGGAGGAAAACCGAUGACUUUUGUAACCUGCUGUACUUUUUCUUUGUGUUUUAGGAAAAGAUCUCUGAAUGUAGUUAUGGACUUAAUGGUGACCACUGACAUUCUGCACUGGUUUUGUGUUUUCAUUGUGAGAGAAUUUUAUUUUUGUGUACAUUGUUGCUCCGGGAGGUUUGGUACAGGGAAGAGGGUGACGAAUAAAGAAUGUAAACAACAUGUUUUACAUGCAAACAG